AUGGAUAAUCCACAUGAUGAUGAACCAAUAGCAGGAAUUCAAAAAGAUCUGCAAACCAAUGAAUCUGCUUCAGCCGCUGCAAUGGCCCAGACUUAUUUGGACGAACUGGAUAAUGUUCAGCUAAACAUUGCGAUCACAGGAGAGUGUGGUUCUGGUAAAUCCACCUUUGUUAAUGCCUUUAGAGGCAUAAACAACAGAGAUAAGGAAAGAGCUGCCCCUACUGGUGUUAAAGAAACUACUACAGAUGUUACACCAUACCCCCAUCCAAAAUAUUCCAAUGUUACACUUUGGGAUCUUCCUGGUAUCGGCACCACCAAGUUUCCAGCUGACGAGUACCUGAAGCUUGUUGAAUUCAAAAAGUUUGACUUCUUCAUCAUCAUCUCAGCUGAUCGCUUUAGAGAAAAUGAUGUGAAGCUCGCUAAGGAGAUUCAGAAGAUGAAGAAGAAGUUCUACUUUGUUCGCUCAAAGAUUGACCACAACAUACGUGAUGAGGAAGAAACUCAGGGGUCAGAGUUCAACGAAGAAGAGACCCUUAAAGAAAUAAGGGAGGACUGCAUUCAAGGUCUUAAAGGACGUGUUGAGUCUCCACAAGUCUUCCUGGUGUCCAGCUUUAAACUCCACCUGUAUGAUUUCCAUCUGUUAGAGAAAACUUUAGAGGAAGAACUUCCUGCACUCAAGAGGAAUGCUCUGCUGUUGGCUCAGGAUCGAACUUGGCAAUGCCUAUUGCUGUGA